UGUUGUCUAUUUCAUCUUAAUCAAGUAAACACACUUAUUCAUUUUCAAAAAACCAAUCACAUUGUAAUUUGCUAUACAGAUCACAUCGUAAUGCAAUGUCGCUUAUGAUAAAUGCAUUAAGCAAAUUAAAUUAAAUUCAAGUCUCACAAACAAACCAAAGACAUUCCAGUCAACACAUAUUCAUAUUCCCUUUGGCUUCCAGCAGAAGCCUCCAUCUAGAACACACCCCCUACAUCCUAAAAAGGCAAGUCAGAGUGCAGCUGGUGAACAUUACACUAUCUAAGAAUAAACCCGAUUUGCAAUGGAUAAGGUUACCUUGAAGGUCCCCUGCACUUUUCCCAGCCCAUACCCAUGUGAGGGACCAAUAACAUGGGCUAAAUUACCCGCUGCGUCCCCCGAGCCUGAGCUCCCCUGUUUACGUCCCUGACCUAACAUCCCAUUCUCCACCAGCCAUGCUCACCAAUCCGGCAUUUUGAAAACCCUCAUCCCACAUUUCUCAUGAAUUUGCAAGCUUUCACCUGUGGAUUAUAUGGGGAACCGAAGAGGAACUUUAUUAACUUAGUGGGAUUUAAUGUCAACUGGGUGAAACCAUCCAAAUAAGAUAAAACCAAAAUCAAGUCAAAGGAAUACCAGCAGAACUACAAGAUGACUCAGGCAACUAAAGGUACAGAAGUACAGUCCAUUCCUCCCACUCCUGCAGAUGCCCCAGUAACACCAGUGCAUCCAGACACUCUCACAGCCAGAAGUCAUGGCUUUCUAAGAAUCUUAAAGCGUCCUGCACAAUGGCUGAUCAUCAUCUCGCUUCUGAUCUCAUGGUCAGUAGCUGGUGUUGUCAUGUUUGACUUUGUGACUGACGAUCAGCUUGCAAACAUCCAGGAAUUUGGAUCUGAUCCGAUGUUAGCAAUAGAUAAGACGUUUGAAGGCAUUGAAAAUGGAAUGAACAACAUGAUCAAUACCUUCACUGAUGCUUAUGAUCACAUCGUUGAAAUUAUCUUUAAUCCGAUGGAUGCUGUUAAUUUAGCAGCAGACUCAUCUGGGGCUUUUCUGUCAUUUAGUGGUGUUGGAGACUUUGGAGUCACUGAAACAGUGGCAUUUGGUGGGACUGUUUUAGAUGAAGCUACUGAAUGGAUUAGAUUUCCAAUCAACUACUUAUUCCACAUGUUUGAAGACAUUCUGGACGUAACUAUCAUUUAUCCUGCGGACGUGGCAAGUGAUGCAGUCGUGUACACUUUAAGUGGGGUCAAGGGUGUUUUUCAAUAUCUUUCCACUUUGUUUGUGGGCAUUGAAGCUCAGAUUCCCAAAAUGAGCAUCGAUCCCAUAAAACUGGUUGGCAAUGUUAGAGAAGAGGCCACAGAGCUAAAGAACUCUAUUGCAGACUACUUUUCCAACUUGUUUGCUGGAGAUGAAGGUGUUAUUCAUGACAUUAGUUUUGACCCUAUGAAAGUUGUCACAGACACUGUUGAGGAAUUUGUUGACAGGAAAGACAUGUUCUUGGGCUACCUGUCAAACAUGCUCAUCAAAGACAAAGAUGAAGCACCACAAAUGAUAAGAAGAAAAGGAGAAUUUCUGCCCCCUUUGGAAAAAGUUCUUGAACACGUGAAAGAGGCCAAAGAAAAAAAGACUAGAGAGGAGAUAUACAAAAUCGUUCAAGACAUGAGAGGCAAGAAGGCCGAAGCGGAAGAGGAUGAAAUAAUUCAGCAAAUCAACAUAACUGUAGAAAAAGAAAAGAAGGAAGAAGUUAAACCCGACAAGAAAGUCAGUGAUAAAGUUCAAAAGUCCAAGGGGGACAAGAAACCUACAAAAGACCAGACUCAUAAACCAACAGAAAAGAAAAGGCCUCUUAAAAAGGGCAAGGUGACUGAUGAAAAGCCCAUUCUCAAACAGAAGAAACAGAAAUCGGAAGAAAAGCCAUCAAAGCCUAAAAGAAGUGAAACAAAAGAACAUGAAAAAACUCUUUCAGAGAAGAAACCCCAGGAUGAUGAGAGAGCAGAAGCUGAGAAAAAGAUUAAAACAGCCAAGAAAGAAGGCAAACCUAAAAAAGAAAAAGUGAAACCUGCGGACAUUCCAAAAGAUGAUGUUGGUAAAAAAGUGGCCAAAACCAAAGGUGUAAAGAAAGAGACAACCAAACCAGCCCCUGUUAAGAAAGAGUCUGGAGUUACCAAAGGAAAGGCCAAAUCAGCUCGUUCAAAAACAGAAGCUGAAGAUGUCAAGGAGAAACAUCCUGGAAAGAAAGAAUCUAGAGAUAUUAAGAAAGCGGCAAAACCAGCUCCAAAAGAAAAAGUUACAAACGCUGUGAAGGAAAAGGCUGAGCCAGUUGUGAAGAAAGAAGAUGAAGUUGCAGAGAAGAAAGUCAAAGCAACACCCAAAAAAGAGCCUGAGGUUUCCAAGGAGAAGACCAAAUCAACACCCUCAAAGAAAGACGAUGAAGCCCCUAAAAAGAAAGCUAAGCCACCCAGUGAGAAGAAAGAACCUGAUGUUCCUAAAGAGAAAGAAAAACCAGCCAAAAGAGAAGAGAAGCCAAAGGCAGCUCCUGUGAAAAAAGAGCCUGAAGUUUCCAAGGAAAAGGUUAAGCCAUCACGAUUGAAGAAAGAGGAUAAAGUUCUCAAACCAGCUCCUGGGAAGAAAGAUGGAGAUAUUAAAGAGAAGGCAAAACCUACUCUUCUAAAGAAAGAGCAUGAAACAAUCAAAGAGGAGAAACCUACCAAGAAAGGAGCUGUGCUGCAAAAGCCUAAACCAGCUGCUGUCGAGGAAGAACCUACAGCUGUGAAAGGGAAGACAAAACCAGCACCUUCCAAAAAAGAGCCUGAAGUUACAAAAAGGAAAGAUGAAACUGCCCCUUCAAAGAAAGAACCUAAGAUUACUAAAGAAAAACCCAAGCAACCAAAGAAAGCUGAAGUGAUCAAAGAGAUCACAGUUCCAGAGAAGAAAGAGGCUGAAGUCAUUGAGGAGAAAGUUAAACCAGCCCCUGAGAAGAAAGAGACUGAAGUCAUUAAAGAGAAAGGAACACCAGGUCCUGUAAAGAAAGAAGCAGAAGUCAUCGAGGAAAAAGCUAAACCUGCCACUGAGAGGAAAGAGGCUGAAGUCAUCAAGGACAAAGCUAUAGCGGCUCCUGUAAAGAAAGAGGCUGAAGUUUCUAAAGAAAAGGCACCUGAACCAUCACACAAAAGAGAACCUAAAGUUACCAAAGAGGAAGAAAGAACAGCGCCUCCUAAAAAAGAACCUGACAUAACCAAAGAGAUGCCAGAGCCAAAGAAAAAGCCAAAAGCCAUCAAAGAGAAAGCUAAACCAGCCCCUUCCAAGAAAGAGGCUGAAGUUAUUAAAGAGAAAGCUAAACCGGUCUCUGAAAAGAAAGAGCUAAAAGCCAUCACAGAGAAAGCUAAACCAGUUCCUACCAAAAAAGAGGCUAAAGUUACUAAAGAGAAAGCUAAACCGGUCUCUGAAAAGAAAGAGCCAAAAGCCAUCAAAGAGAAAGCUAAACCAGUCCCUACCAAGAAAGAGGCUGAAGUUAUUAAAGAGAAAGAGGCCGAAGUCAUCAAGGAGAAAACCAAACCAACUCCUGUAAAGAAAGAACCUGUGAUAACCAAAGAAAAACCCAAACCAACACCAAAGAAAGCAGAAUCCAUUAAAGAAAGAGCUAAACCCUCACCCAAGAUGAAAGAGGUUAAAGAGAAAACCAAACCAGCCCCUGUGAAGAAAGAGGCUGACAUUAUCAAAGAGAAAGUUAAACCAGCUCCUGUGAAGAAAGCUGAAGAAGUCAAAGAAAAGGCUAAACCAGCCCCUGAAAAGAAAGAGGCUAGAGUCAUUGAGGAGAAAGUUAAAGAAACUCCUGUAAAGAAAGAGGCUGAAAUCAUCAAAGAGAAAGUCAAACCAGCCCCGGCCAAGAAAGGUUUGAAGGCUGAAAUCAUCAAGGAGAAAGUUAAAGUAACUCCUGUAAAGAAAGAGCCUGGAGUUCCUAAAGAAAAGACAACCAAACCAGCACCAGAACCUGCAAAGAAAGUUGAGGUUCCCAAAGAAAAGAUUAAAACAGUCCUUACAGAGAAAGAAGCUAAAGUUAUCAAGGCCAAAGAUAAACCAGCUCCUGUGAAGAAAGAGCCUGAAGUUACCAAAGAGAAAGAAAAGCCAGCGCCUAAGCAGAAAGAGGCUGAAAUUAUUAAAGAGAAAGUCAAACCAGCUCCUGUUAAGAAAGAACCUGAAGUAUCUAAAGAAGCACCUGAAUUAAAACCAGAACCCGUAGAGAAAGUUGAGGUUCCUAAAGAAAAGGUGAAGCCGGUUCAUGAAGAAAAAGCAGAAUCAAAAAUAACCAAAGAAAAGCCUAUACCAGAACAAAAGAAAGCAGCUAAACAAGUCAAGGAAAAAACUGAACCAGUCCCUAAGAAAAAAGAGGCUGAAGUCAUCAAGGAGAAAGUUAAACCAGCUCCUGUAAAGAAAGAGCCUGGAGUUGUUAAAAAGGCACCUGAACCAAAACCCAAAAGAGAGCCUGAAGUUACCAAAGAGAAAGAAAAAACAGAAGCCAAGAAAGAGGCUAAAGUAAUAAAGGAGAAAGUUAAAGCAGCUCAUGUAAAGAAAGAGCCUGACGUUCCUAAAGAAAAAACUGUCAAACCACAACCUGCAAAGAAAGUUGAGGCUCUAAAGGAAAAAGCAAAACCAGUGCCUAAAGCGAAAGAACCUGAAAUAAAAGAAAAGGCGAAGCCAGCACCAAAGAAAGAAGCUGACGCCAUCAAAGAGAAAGCCAAACCAGCCCCUCAGAUAAAAGAGGCUAAAGUCAUCAAGGAGAAAGUUAAACCAGCUCCUGUUACGAAAGAGGCAGAAGUCAUCAAGGAAAAAGUUAAACCUGCCCCUGAGAAAAAAGAAAAUGAACACAUCAAGAAAAAAGCUAAAGCGGCUCCUGUAAAGAAAGAGCCUGAAGUUGCUAAGAAAAAAGCACUUAAAAAAGAUGCUGAAAUCCUUGAGGAGAAAAUAAAACCAGCCCCUGAGAAGAAAGAAGAUGAUACAGUCAAGGAGAAAGCCAAACCAGUCACAGAGAAGUUCAAAGAGGCUGAAGUCAAAGUGAAAUCAGCUCAUGUAAAGAAAGAGCCUGAAGUUAUCAAAGAAAAACCAGCACCUAAGAAGAAAGAGGCUGAAGUCAUCAAGGAGAAAGCUACACCAGCUCCUGUAGGGAAAGCUCCUGAAGUCCUUAAAGAAAAGGUGCCUGAACCAAAACCAACUUCUGUGAAGAAAGAUACUAAAGUGAUCAGGGAAGAACUUAAACCGACCCUGGAGAAGAAAGAGGCUGAAGUGAUCAAGGAGAAAGCUAAACCAGUCCCUAAAAUUAAAGAGGCUGAAGUUAUCAAGGAGAAAGUUAAAACAGCCCCAAAAAUCAAAGGUUUGAUUCACUAUUUUACUGUGUUUUCUUUACUUUAUUUGUAG